UAGUCGUGUUGACCCAUAAAAAUACCUGUGUUGUCUUGGGAGAACUAGUUUAUUUUGUCCAAAGCUUUUACUCUUCUUUUCACACGUACUUAACGGGAAAAAGUUAUAUCUACAGUGGAGUAAGCUUUUCACGAUUCGGAGUUCAUCGAAAAAGCAACAAUAGAGCAGUCGAAACGACAAGACCUCCCUUUCUUUCAAUAAGACUCGGAACCAAAAAUAAGUCGAAGACAAAUAAGAAAUGAGGCGACGUCGAGCAAGUUUUUCUAAUCAAAAUGUGAAAAACGUCCGCAUUGUCAUAUUUGGGAAAGACGGUGUCGGGAAGUCAGCACUGACGGUCAGAUUCAUCACGAGGCGAUUCAUCGGCGAGUAUGAUCCAUGCUUAGAAGCUUCGUACCGUCACCAUUUGACAGUUCACGGUCAGUAUAUCGCGAUGGAUGUGGUAGACACGGCAGGCAAGAAUACACCGGAUAAAGUUGACGCUUUAUUAGAAGCAGCAAAUAUCGUUUAUUUACUGUACUCAGUCACAGACAGGGCCUCAUUCGAGGAAGCAGCGUGGCUAGCUAGGCGUAUACAGCAGAAUAAGUCUUCAGCCCCGGGCUUUGUUACGAUAGUUGUAGCGACUAACAAGGACCUGAAGCACCUUAGCCAAGUGUUAGAAUACGAGGGGCGCUUUCUUGCGCAGGAACUGGACGGUCUAUUCGUGCAGGUCUCGAUAUCUGAGGGCUACGUGGAGGUACAGGAGUUACUGGAGGAAGGGAUCAAGACCUGGCUGCAGAGGGAUGUGGAGAGGGCCAGGGGCUCCGCCCUUGAUAGGGUAAGGGAGGGGCUGAGGGGAAGGGCCAAGUCAUUCAAGAAAAGAUCAUCGGUAGAUUAUCUGUUUGAUUUACGAAAAGCACAGUCCACGACUUUAUAGCAAGCUUUAUAAAAGACAUCGUCUGAUACCAGCAAAGGCACAUCAAUUUUAAAACAUAAUCCAUGGGGUAUUGAUAUUUUCUGGAAUCCCACAUUAGAAUGUAAGAGCGCUAGUAAACCGAUUUACGUUACUCAUUAACAAAUGUCUAAUAUAUAACAUGACUUGCCCUCAAUCUGAGUUGUUGUUUAGUCAAACGUAAUAUUAUAUGUAAAAUUGCGUAUAUAGACACAGUAACUACAGCUUAUUUAGAACCAUUUAUUGAUAAAAUAUUGAUUUUAGUAUUUCAUGCCUUAAAGAAGGCAAAGUGUAACGUGAAAAUAUAAAAAUAAAAUAGAUAUAUCUAUUAAA